GUCAUCUACUCAUACUUUGGAGAUGUGCAGAAUCCGCAAGCCAAGAUUGUCGGUGCGCGAAUCUCGCACAGGCUCGGGGUGCUCAGCUUCACGCUCGAAGACCCUUCUGAAAGGCAGUCGUUCCCAUUCGUCUACAGCGUUUCCUUCCUUCGCGCUGAAAGGGAUGACUUCCUGCUGAAGGUCCCUCCACGGCCACAACUUCCAGUCCUUCUGCCCGAAGACCUGUUCUACCCCUUCACCAUAGGUUCGGCAUCCAGAUUGGGAUGGAGUGCUGUGCUGGGGCUAGCAUUGCUGGCAUUCACAGAAUUCAGAACACCGUGA